GCAGUCUUUCCGAGGGAAAAUAAAUGAAGCACAUUUAUUUGGGGACAUAAAGGAUUGUAUAUGCUGGAAUCUAGCGCCGAACAUCUUCCGCUGGACUAACUCAGCAGGGAAUGGAAAAGGAAACUGAUCAUUUGUCAUGCUUUGUCCCCCCCGGGUCCGAAGAAUCCCGACUUAAAACGUCGCUGCCCCGUUCCCUCCACAGGUUGAGUUAUUCGAGCACUUUGUGUUUUGAACAUAUUUACUUGCCCGACAGAACACAUCUGAAUGAAGUCGGCAAAGACAGGCGAAUUGUUCAACAAAUAGGCAACACAUGGGGAGAGAGGGGGCAAUCACAUCUGCUGCUAUGGAAGCAAACAAAGUCGGAACAAAUCACCAGGAGUCAGAGCCAAAGAUCUUUGGUCAGAGCGAGGUGGCUUUCGAUUACAUUAAACGCCUAAAAGUUUCUCAUUGUGUAUCAUUUGUGCCCGUCACGUAUGUAGCCAAUACGAACUUGUCAUUUUCAGAGAUUGAAUGGUGGGACAUUUAAAAAUGGUUGAAUUGUCCACGUCAACCUUGUUAACGAUAAUCGGCGAGGCAGAAAAAUAAACCUAAAGACCAACAUUUGGAUUGUAUUUGAGAGGGACGGCGGCCACCGGGAAACUUUUGGACCCCAUGGAUUUGGUGGAAACUUGAAUCUGAAAUAAAAGUUGGAAUAAAAAAAAUAAAGGAAAACAAUUUAGCAGUUUUAAUAAAUAGGUGAAGAUUUUGCAUAACAAGUUAUCUGCAAACGAGGAAAUGACUAUUCGUCAAUGGACAAGCAAGGAUCAAUACAUUUUAGUAGAGAUUUAUGAGGUGGUAUUUCAUUUGGAGAAUGCUCAAUUUAGCAGAUUGUAAGGACAGAUAUUAAUAAAUUUGUCAGCGUGGAUCUUUAUUACAGUGUGGAUAAUUUAAAGUUAAUGAUAUUCAGGGUUAUUUCAGGCGUUCAAAACUUAGACAACAUUUUUCAUUUUACCAAUCACGUUCAAUUUGUAACGGCAAAUCUGUUAAGUAUUUCUCCGUCGGUGUACCAACCCAAUAUGUCUCUGUUAAAACAUUGUAAGUGUUUAGAUGACUUGUAAUAUAUAUUGUUUGAUUAUUCCAAGCAGUUUCCUGUUAGUAGUGGCUUUAAAAGGCUUGAAAAUAGAAAAAAAAAGUGUAGCAAAUCUGAGAUAAAAACAGAAAAUGCUACAAAGAUCAUGGAUCAGAUUUUUUUUACCCGUUUCGGAUUCCACAAUAUAGCCAGCGUUUUCUGUUUGGUUGAGGCUAGGUUUAAAAAAAGUGCACAAAUAGCAAAAUAGCAUGCAGGAAAGCAACAAGAAAAAUAAACACAUUGAUAAUUAAAAUAAAUGUUAUUCCACCAGCCUUGCUAAAGUAACGCCAUUUUCCAACAGACAUUAUUUUGGUGUAGUUUUGCCCUCGUCUUCAUGUCGCACCGCCUUUUUUUUCGUAGUACGACAGAAACCCUUGACCGCCCGGUCCAUGUCAGGCGCCUGACUUCUGGCGCUGUGAGUUUGGACACGGUUUCAUUUUCCUCUUCUCUUCCCCCGCCCACUUUACAGCUCCGGUUACCAGCAGCAGCAAGCAGCUCGCAAGUGCAAGUUACUCUCAACCGAAGAUAACUUUGUUUUGCUUUGAAAGGGAGAAGGAGGAAGAGAAAUAAAACCAUAGUUUGUAUUUGUGCUGCUCCAUGGCGUGGCCGUGCUGAGCCCCGGGCGCCCGGUGACUGUACAGCGGCGGCGGUGUCAGUGUGGUCUCCUCUCCCCACAGUGUCGGGCGGGCGGGCAAGCGUGUGUGUUGUUACUGCUACUGCUGCUACUGCCAGAGGGGUGUUUGCUCCACCAUGGCGCGCUGCUGCCUGUCCGACGAGGACAAGGAGUCCCAGCGGAUCAACGCCGAGAUCGAGAGGCAGCUGCGGAGGGACAAGAAGGACGCCCGCAGGGAACUCAAGCUGCUGCUGCUGGGCACCGGUGAAAGUGGCAAGAGCACGUUCAUUAAGCAGAUGAGAAUCAUUCAUGGAGAUGGUUACUCAGAUGAAGACAGGAGAAACUUCACAAAACUUGUAUUUCAGAACAUAUUUACUGCAAUACAAGCCAUGAUCAAAGCCAUGGACACUCUGCGUGUGCAGUACAAGAUUGAGAAAAACAUGGAAAAUGCAAAUAUGAUCAGAGAAGUAGAGGUGGAUAAAGUUAGCACUUUUGAAAAAAAAUAUGUUGAAGCAAUAAAGAAGUUAUGGAAUGAUCCUGGGAUCCAGGAAUGCUAUGACAGACGUCGGGAAUAUCAGUUAUCUGAUUCUGCCAAAUACUAUCUUAGUGAUGUAGAUCGCAUUAGUUCAGCAUUUUAUAUACCAACACAACAAGAUAUAUUGCGGGUCAGAGUACCAACGACUGGAAUAAUUGAAUAUCCGUUUGAUUUGGAGAACAUAAUCUUCAGGAUGGUGGAUGUCGGAGGUCAGAGGUCAGAACGAAGGAAGUGGAUUCACUGUUUUGAGAACGUCACCUCAAUCAUUUUCUUAGUUGCACUUAGUGAAUAUGACCAGGUCCUGGCCGAGUGUGAUAAUGAGAAUCGAAUGGAGGAGAGUAAAGCAUUAUUUAAGACGAUCAUCACCUAUCCUUGGUUUCAUAGCUCUUCAGUCAUUCUCUUCCUAAACAAGAAGGAUCUCCUUGAAGAAAAGAUCAUGUUUUCUCAUCUAGUUGAUUAUUUUCCAGAAUACAAUGGUCCUCAACAAGAUGUCAAAGCUGCACGAGAUUUCAUUUUGAAGACUUAUCAGAAUCAGAAUCCAGACAAAGAAAAGGUCAUCUACUCUCACUUCACAUGUGCCACAGAUACAGAAAAUAUACGGUUUGUCUUUGCUGCUGUCAAGGACACUAUUCUACAAUUAAACCUGAAGGAAUUUAACUUAGUAUAGAAGACAUGCAACCCAUUUUUCAUCAUUUAAUACUUUUGUAAUGGUCUAUUUUUACUUGCAAGUUUAAAGUUGUAUCUGUAAAGUUGCUAAUUUACCAGAGAAUGUAGUGAUGUUGAUCGCAAUUCUAGUCAGAAUUUUUCCUUCACAUAGAAUCUCUUUCAAGAUUAUCCCUCAUCCUCCUCUCCAAGGAAUAGAGACACAGCCUGCUCAACCUUUCAUAGAAACAGAGAAAAUAGGUGCAGGAGUAGGCCAUUCGGCCCUUCGAGCCUGCACCGCCAUUCAAUAUGAUCAUGGCUGAUCAUCCAACUCAGUAUCCUGUACCUGCCUUCUCUCCAUACCCCCUAAUCCCUUUAGCCACAAGGGCCACAUCUAACUCCCUCUUAAAUAUAGCCAAUGAACUGGCCUCAACUACCUUCUGUGGCAGAGAAUUCCAGAGAUUCACCACUCUCUGUGUGAAAAAAUGUUUUCCUCAUCUCGGUCCUAAAAGAUUUCCCCCUUAUCCUUAAACUGUGACCCCUUGUUCUGGACUUCCCCAACAUCAGGAACAAUCUUCCUGCAUCUAGCCUGUCCAACCCCUUAAGAAUUUUGUAAGUUUCUAUAAGAUCCCCCCUCAAUCUUCUAAAUUCUAGCGAGUACAAACCAAGUCUAUCCAGUCUUUCUUCAUAUGAAAGUCCUGACAUCCCAGGAAUCAGUCUGGUGAACCUUCUCUGUACUCCCUCUAUGGCAAGAAUGUCUUUCCUCGGAUUAGGUGACCAAAACUGUACGCAAUACUCCAGGUGUGGUCUCACCAAGACCCUGUACAACUGCAGUAGAACCUCCCUGCUCCUAUACUCAAAUCCUUUUGCUAUGAAUGCUAACAUACCAUUCGCCUUCUUCACUGCCUGCUGCACCUGCAUGCCUACUUUUAAUGACUGGUGUACCAUGACACCCAGGUCUCAUUGCAUCUCCCCCUUUCCUAAUCGGCCACCAUUCAGAUAAUAAUCUACUUUCAUGUUUUUGCCACCAAAGUGGAUCACCUCACAUUUAUCCACAUUAUACUGCAUCUGCCAUGCAUUUGCCCACUCACCCAGCCUAUCCAAGUUUAAGAGUUCUUAUAUUGGCAAAAAAACAAACAAAUUGUGCUGGCUGUAUUUGACAGAUUUCUGAUAACGUAGUCAAAUGAAGAUGUUAUAUCUUUAAUAUCAUUUGUGGUUUAAAACUGUCCCGAGGAUCCUGUUGAAAGAGCCAAAUGUUUUUUCCAAAGGUGAUUAUUCACGAUUCUUCUAAAUGGUGAGAAUGCACCCAUCUUUAGUGUUAUACGUGGCAAUCAAAAAUACAUUGUGUGAUUCCUGGAGUCCUGAGGUUUACUAAAUGCAGCUAAUUACCUAAAAUAAAACAUGCCAGCUUUUGUUAUAGUUUGCAUUAUUUAGGUUACAUUUAGCACAUGCAGCAUUUUUAAUCACCUAUUUGCAGAGAACUGUGAAUAAUUGCUGUAUAAACCAUCUUUACUUUCUUCAAUUUAUUUAAAAAUGUUAUCCAAUCAAUCCAUGUUGUAGCGAUUAAACCAUAGAUGCCUUCAACAUUUAAAAUAUGGAUAUAAAUUAUUGCCCUCAUUAAUGGCAGUGUAUACUGAACACAUAAAAUGCAAAAUUUAACACCUUAGACAAAAUUGAAUGUGAUUUUGAUGGAAUUCAUUAGCAAAGAAUGGCUAGAAUGAUUGUGAUUGGAAUAGUGUAUAAUGCUUUUCCUCAAACCAUUGAAAGGUUCACAUAAUGAAGUGAAAUAUAGUAAGUUACUUUGCAGAUUGUCUUUUGAGUGUGUGCCUUAAUCUUGCCAGCGAUGCAAUAUUUAGAAGCUGAAAGACAUUACACAUUGGUACAUCAAAGCUUGCAGCCACUGUAAAUAUGUAUCCUAUAUAUAUAGUAUCUUUUCUAGCUCUGAAAAAUGUUUAUCAUGGUUAAAUAGGAUUAUUUGUCAAAAUGAUAAACUACCAGCAAUUUUUAAGGAAUGUACAGACUUUUUCCACGGCGUUGUGCUAGAUAGAAAAAAAUCAUACAAUUAUUUGGUUCGACGCUAUAAUGAUUUAUAAUGCAUGAUUUUGCCAUGUAAUUUCAUUUUGACAUAAUUUCAGUCACUGCUGUUUUAUAUAUGAAGAGAUAUUUUAGAGAUCAUAAUUUUUCCAGUUCAACACUGUCUUGCAUCAAUUUUUAUUGGAUUUUUACCAUUUAUGCAAUAUGUGAUGGUUUUUGAAUAUUGCUAAAAUGUAAUUGAAUUUGACUAUAUGUAUAAAAAAUCUGUGCUUCGCCAUGUCUUUCCAUGAACCGUAGCAGGCAUAAUACACAUAAGUGAAGUCAGUCUAAGUGCUAGAUCUUUCGUUUAUGCUUUUUAUAACACCAUAAAUAUCAUUUAAUUAAUUGCAUAUCAAGUUGCAUUCCCUUGUGGACCCAAUGUAGUCUAGUUUCUUGUUCAAAGUUAUCAAGUUUGUGCUUCUUAUUUGGAUCUAAUUUAGUUAUUCAUGCUAUAAGAAAUCCAAAUUAAAUCAAAUCUAAGAUACAGCCAUGAGUAUUAACUGGGAUAGGUUUGAUGGUUUUGGUGGGGUUGUCCCUGCAUGAUGUGUAGUUUUAAUUCCACAUUAGCCAUCUUUAGAUCUAAUGGGUCCCGUGUCUAGAAUUUGGUGUGAUUGACAAGCAUAUUGUUCAUUUAGAUUGGGAGUACUCGGGAAAAGGUUACAAAACCUAAUAAAGAUCUGUUUGCUAAUCUUACCUUGAGAGACAAUGUUAGGGGAAUGAAGGUGGAGAGAAUAUAAGCUGCUUCUGACCCACAUAAAAAGUGCAGUGAAUGUAUUGUUUCCUGUAACAAUGGUCCACCUUGCUUUAGCAAUUGGGAUUCUAGAGGUAUGAGCAACCUAGCUGACCACAUUCAAAUAUGUGAAGCAGAUUAAAUAAGGGGCUGUGGCCUUAUUGAAAUAUUGAAUUUGCCAGUAUCUCUCCUGAGCCAAGAUUGACUUUCUGUUCCUCCGAUUUCUGUCCAGCUUAAGAAUGAAGGUUGAAGGGAGAUGGAAUUUUGUCUGAAAUAUUUUUUAAUGUUAUCUUCCCUCUCCUGGACUCUCAUACCGCCAGAUGUUGCAUGGUAACGUUUCUGUCCAGGAAAUAGUUUUGUCAGCUGUGCAAACAAAAGCUUCUUGUUCAUGUGCAAUGUGCUACUGUCAGUUAGAAAGGAAAUGAAACUGAGCAAAGGCCAGUUCUAAUAUCCCCAAUGGCAACAUUUAUCAGUUUAAGUUACUUUCCAACAAUAAGAAAAAUGUGACUAGAAUUUAGGUUUUGGGAAGCAAAGGAAGGAGAUGUGAAUUAUUUAUGUGAAUAACAAAUCAAUUCACUUUUUCCUAAGCGUGGCAACAUUGCAUUGCCUUUUUUGGAAAUGUAUUUUAUUACAUAUGGAAGGUAAUGGUUGAUUUUGUAAGAUUAUUUAUGAUUCUACUAGGAUCCUUAUGUUUAGAAUAAACAUUAUUUCACUGACACCUGAAUUCCCCAAGUCCUUUUACUUGCACCCACUUUAAAAUGUACAUGAACUACUGCAUCAAAGAUAUAUAGUAUAGAACUGUACAGCGCAGGUAUCGGCCCUUUGGUCCACAAUGUCUUCGCUAAACAUGAUGCUAAAUUAAAUCCUUGUGCCUGUACAUGAUCCAUAUCCUGUAUAUUCAAGUGCCUAUCUAAAAGCUUCUUACAUGCCACUAUCAUAUCUCCUUCCAUUAGUACUCAUGGCAGUGUUUUAACGUGAGAGGGGGCAAGUUAUUUGGCAUUUCCUCCCUGGAGAAAAAUGUUGACCAUAUCCUAUCUUUGCCUCUCAUCAUUUCUCAAUAUCAGAUCACCCCAUAACACUUGCAUUCAAGAGAAUCAAUCCAAGUUUGUCCAACCUCUCCUUGUAGCCAAUACCUUCUAAUCCAAGCAGCGUCCUGGUAAACCUCUUCUGUAUCCUCUCCAAAGCAUCCAUAUCCUACCUAUAGUGGGGUGACAAAAACUGGACUCAAUACUUAAAAUGUGGCCAAACUACCAAGUCAACAAAGAUCCCAUGCAUGUUAAUCUUCUGGAUCAGCUACCAUGAGGGACCUUGUCAAAUGCCUCAUCUAAAUCCAUGGGGCCAACAUUCACUGUCCUACGCAAAGAAAAAUCUUCAAAAACUCGAUCAACUUAGCAAGACAUGACCUGCCCAAGACAGAGCCACGCUGACUGUCCUUAAAUAGCCCAUUCUCUUCCAGAUGUGAGGAAAUAGUAUCUCUAAGAAUCCCCUCCAAAAACCUCCCUACCACUUCUGUGAUUAUCCCUACAUUUUUUUAAACCAUAGGAACAACAUGAGCUACUCUAGUCCUCCGGGACCUCACCUGUAGCUGGAGACAAGAGUAAGAUCUUCUUUCCGGCCCCAGCAAUUUCCUCUUGCCUUUUUGAAUAAACUAGGAUAGAUCCCAUCAGGCUCUGGGGAUUUAUCCACAUUAUUACUUUUCAAGAGACCCAAGAGCACUUCCUUCUUGACAUCCAAAUGUAUAUAUUAUAUCUCACAAUUAUUUAACUGUCCUCCAUGUCCUUUACCUUGAUGAAUACCAAUGUAAGUAUCUGUUUACUCGCUCACCGGCAUCCUCUAACAAGCAUUCCCUCAUUUAUCCUUGAGUGGUCCUGCCUUCUCCCGAGUGAUCCUCUUGUAAUCUUUGUAUAAAAUGUUGGGAUAUUCUUUCAUCUGCCUUGCCAAGGACAUUUCAUAGCUUUUUUUGGCUCUACUAGUUACUUGCUUCAGAUCUUUCCUGCAUUUUUUAUAUUCCCUAAACUGAUUGCAUCUU